AUGAGUGAAUCUACUACGAGGCCACGACGCUUAUCGAUGCCCAAGUUGACGCGUCGCCUAACCAAUGUUAUUAUCCAUGUUGAUGAUGACAAAUCUGAACCUGUUACUCCUGCCAGUAAACAUAUCAUCCCAGAGAAGAAUGACGUUGAUUCUAUUGAAAAUGAUAUCGUUCAUCAUACCAUCACUACCCUCUGUCGCGGUGUAUAUAAUGUCGACGCAUGGGCCAUUUAUCAAGCAACCGCUCAUUCCGUUCGAGAUAGACUCUUGGAAGAUUGGAACAUUACACAAGAAGCUUUGCAUAAACAAAAUCCCAAGAGAUGUUACUAUUUAUCCAUGGAGUUCCUCCUUGGCCGUGCCCUCGAUAACGCACUUAACUCUCUUCACGUCAAGGAUAAUUAUAAGGAAAGCGUCAAGAAUCUGGGCUUCAAUCUCGAAGAUUUGCUCUCUCAAGAAAAAGAUCCUGCGCUUGGCAAUGGUGGUCUUGGACGUCUAGCCGCCUGCUACAUGGACUCAGCUGCCACUCAAGAUUAUCCUACUUGGGGAUACGGUCUUCGUUAUCAGUACGGUAUCUUUAAACAGAUCAUCAAGGACGGCUAUCAGACCGAGAUGCCUGAUUACUGGCUCAACUUUAAUAAUCCUUGGGAGUUUCCUCGUACAGAUAUCCGUUACGAGGUCCGAUUUGGCGGUUAUGUGGCCACAAAGGUAAACGAAAAGGGAGAAUCACGUAUGUCUUGGGAAGGUGGAUCCAAGGUCCAGGCGAUGGCGUAUGAUAUGCCUAUCCCUGGUUUCAACACUAAGUUCUGUGGCAAUAUUCGUCUUUGGGCCUCAAAGCCCUUAAACACAUUUGAUUUUGAUUCGUUUAAUGCAGGUGAUUAUGAUCGUUCAGUCGCCGAACAAAACAAUGCUCAAAACUUGACUUCUGUACUCUAUCCAAACGAUAAUCAUCUGGUCGGUAAGGAACUUCGACUGAAGCAGGAAUACUUCUUUGUCUGUGCCUCUCUUCAAGAUAUCAUACACCGAUUUAAGCGAGCCAAAUGUCCCUGGAAGGACUUCCCUAGCAAGGUAGCUAUUCAAAUGAACGACACGCAUCCUACCUUGGCUGUGCCUGAAUUACAGCGUAUCCUUGUCGAUAUCGAAGGUCUCGACUGGGAUGAUGCUUGGGAUAUUGUCACUCACACAUUCGGUUUCACCAACCACACUGUCUUGCCUGAAGCCUUGGAACGCUGGUCGGUACCCUUGAUGGAAAAGAUUCUGCCUCGUCACAUGCAAAUUAUCUACGACAUCAAUCUCUUCUUUUUGCAAAAGGUGGAAAAGGAAUACUUGGGCGACCGUGAACUGCUCAAACGUGUGUCUAUCAUUGAAGAAAGCUCCCCUCAGCAAGUGCGUAUGGCUCAUCUGGCUGUUGUUGGUUCUCACAAGGUCAAUGGUGUAGCAGCACUUCAUUCUGACUUGAUCAAGAAGCAUCUGUUUAGCGAUUUCAUAAAGUACUAUGGUCCUGAAAAAUUUAUCAAUAUCACUAAUGGUAUCACUCCCCGUCGAUGGCUUUACCAAGCAAACCCUGGGCUUCGAGAUUUGAUUACCAAGACCUUGGGUGGAUCAGAACAAUGGGUCACACACUUGAACCUUCUUGAAGGUUUAAAACAACAUGCAGACAACAGUGAGUUCCAAGAACAGUGGGCAGCUGUCAAGCUAGAUAACAAGAGACGUCUGGCUGAAUGGAUCAAGGAUAAUCUGAAUGUGAAUGUCGACCCUCAUGCCUUAUUUGAUAUUCAAGUGAAACGUAUCCAUGAGUACAAGCGUCAGCUCAUGAACAUUCUUGGCGUCAUUUAUCGAUAUAAGCAGCUAAAGAAGAUGUCUGCUCAAGAGCUUGAUGAAGCUGUUCCUCGUGUGGUCAUCUUUGGGGGCAAGGCUGCUCCUGGCUAUUAUAUUGCCAAGCUAGUCAUCAAAUUGAUUAAUAGCGUUGCUGAAGUGGUGAAUCAAGAUGAGGAUAUUGAAAACAAGCUCAAGGUGAUCUUUAUUCCUGAUUAUAACGUAUCUCGCGCUGAACUUAUCAUACCUGCCUCUGAUAUCUCUCAACAUAUAUCUACAGCAGGCACAGAAGCCUCUGGUACUUCCAACAUGAAGUUCGUCUUGAACGGUGGUUUGAUUUUGGGUACAGUGGAUGGAGCAAACAUUGAGAUUGCUGAGCAAAUUGGUCAAGAGAACAUCUUCAUGUUUGGUGUCUUGGCUGACGAAGUGGAUGACCUUCGUCAUCAGCAAAAGUAUCAUGGUCUCAUGGUAGAUGAGCAGCUUCAGGUAGUUAUCGAUGCUAUUCAAUCUGGUCAGUUUGGUGAUGCCUCUGUAUUUGCGCCUCUUAUUAACACGCUCACUUAUGGUGGUGACUUUUAUUUGAUCUCUGCUGACUUUGAUGCUUAUCUUCAAGCAAAUGAAAAAGUGGAUGCUACAUUCAAAAACAAGGCUGAAUGGACCAAAAAGUCUAUUUUAUGUACGGCUGGCAUGGGUUUCUUUUCUUCGGAUCGUGCUAUUGCUGAAUAUGCUGAAAAGGUGUGGGACUUGAAACCGUUUCCUGUUGAUAGUCAAUGA